UUUUUAAUUAUCAUUACUUUUUGUCUUUUUCAAAAACAAUUCCGAUUUGAUUGCUCCUUUUUUUUCUUCCUUCCUUUCUGUACUUUGCCUCAACUUUCGCACCCACCAAACGCUGUUCCUUCUUCUUCAAUCAGACACAACAAAGUUCGAUCCUUUCCUUCAUUUGGACUGAGAAAGAGCAUCCACAAUGCCCAACUGGGAGCUCAAGAACUGUUGUGACAAAGAUCAGAAGAUCUUCAUUGCUUGUGUUGCUGCCUUCACCGUUGUUAUCUUCGUGCUAUGGAGGACCUUUCUACUUACACCUUUCAAGCUCAUCACUGUGUUUUUGCACGAAGCAAGUCAUGCAAUUGCUUGCAUUCUCACUUGUGGCAAGGUUGAGGGAAUCCAGGUUCAUGCAAAUGAGGGUGGAGUAACACAGACUAGAGGUGGCGCAUACUGGAUCAUCUUGCCUGCUGGAUAUCUUGGUUCAUCAUUUUGGGGGAUGGCUCUGAUACUUGCUUCCACAAAUCUUCUCACUGCGAGAAUUGCUGCUGGUUGCUUUAUUGCUGCUCUUGUUAUUGUGCUCUUUGUUGCUAAAAAUUGGACAUUACGAGGACUCUGCAUUGGAUUCAUUAUCUUUAUUGCUGUAAUUUGGGUACUGCAAGAGAAAACUACUGUUCAUAUCCUUCGUUAUGUCAUUCUCUUUAUCGGUGUGAUGAACAGUUUGUUUUCAGUUUACGAUAUUUAUGACGAUUUAAUAUCUCGAAGAGUUCAUUCGAGUGAUGCUGAGAAGUUUGCAGAAGUUUGCCCAUGCCCCUGUAAUGGAUUUGGAUGGGGAGUUAUUUGGGGGAUGAUAUCAUUUGCAUUUCUAUGUGCAUCUUUGUACCUUGGACUUGUCAUAUUAUCAUGAGGUUGAGAAAUAUGUAACCAAGCUUGGUAUACUGAAUUUAUCUGUGGAUAUUUCCCCAUGCAUGUGGAUUCAUUCUUUGCAGCCUGAAUAUUUCAGGUUGCUUCUUUAACCAUAGCUUUGUAUAUCUUUUUCAUUAAUCUAUUAUUUAUUGACUCUCAUUUGUACUUACUUGUUGGAAAUACAGUUGAAGUAUUUCAAGCUGUC